AUGACGUCACCCAAGCCAGUACUCUUACAAGCCAUCCUACUUCUCACCUUACUACAAAAAAUAAACACUUUAGAAGACGGAUACCUACGCUACGUCAAAGAUGGCUGCUUCCUCAGAGGAGAAGCAUUAUCCUGUGUCAAGUACAAAGCCGUCAAAAUAGCCAAAAACACCAUUUUUGGUGAUAACUUUAAAACUAAUGAAACUAUCAAAGCUAAUAGUGUAGUCAGUCUAGUACCUUUAGAUGAAGAAACUAUUCAAGUACUAGGGAUCAAGGAAAGUAAGGUAGCAGAAGUUGGUAGUGAGCCGAGAGGAAUUUUGUCCGAAUGGGCGGAAUUGGCGAAGUACUUUAUGAAGCUGGUGCAGGAAUUCUUCAGGGUGAAAGGCUUGAAGGUCAAUCUGCCUGAAGGCGCGAGGACUGUCGAAGUUGAAGAUGAUAGUGAUAAUGAUGACGAAGUUAAAUCUGAGACUAGAAGUAUCCAGAAACGCGAUAUCGGUCAUUCAAAAUCAGCCCGAGGCAAGAAGAAGAAGCUAGCAGUGAUCAUCCCCCUACUGACCUUGUUCGCUGUUCUGAAGAUGAAGCUACUCCUCAUUCCAAUCCUGCUGUCGGUGCUGCUCAUCAAGAAACUGCUGCUGAUUGCUGCGUUGCUGCUGCCGAGCUUGCUCAGCACUUUGAAGGCUUGCAAGCACUCUCACCACCCGAUGUCCUACUCCUACUUCGGCAGCAGUGACUCCAGCGACUACUCAGCGGACUACAACAACAACUACGCGUACUCCGCUAGCGGGGGCUACGGGAAGGACUGGGCGUCUAACAGGGCUUACAACAUGAAGCAUAGGCCUACGCCCUCGCCGGCUUAUAUUACUGCACCUGGAACUGUUUAACGCCAUUUUCUUUUUAGUUUAAGAUACAUAGGUCUGUUUCUCCAUUUGUUGAAUUAGGAAUCAUCAUCAUCUCAGCCAUAGGACGUCCACAGCUGAACAUAGGCCUCCCCCUUAGAUCUGCACAGAUACCUGUUGGAGGCGACCUGCAUCCAGCGUCUUCCGGCGACCUUUAUAAGGUCGUCUGUCCAGAAUUAGGAAUGGAUCGGUUGUAUUCCAGCCAAGGCCAAAAAAAUAUCAGAACGGAAAUUAAUGUUUCAACAUGACUUCAUAUUAAUCGCGCUUUUCUUAAGAUAACUCGUUAUUGAGGAAGGUAUAAUUAUGUUUCAUAAUUAUGUUCUCAAAUUAUGAACUUUCUUAAUUAGGUAUCUUUAAUCAGAAAUGGUGAAACAGAUCAAUAAUAUAAUUUAUUUUGGAUGAGAGUUAUAUUUAUUGCUAUGAUAUAAUGUUAAGUCAAUAUUUAACUGUACUUAUACUGUACCUCCCCACUCAGAGACAUUUGAUGGUUACUUAAGCCAUUCCUUAGUGAAGGAUUUGUAUGACAUUCCGUCAC